AUGUCCGCGUCCAUCGCUUCGAUCAUCGAUCAUUCGCUGCUGCAUCCCACGCUUACAGAUGAAGACUUGGGGCACGGCUGCGCGGUGGCGGAAACCUAUUGUGUGGCCAGUGUUUGUGUAAAACCGUGCGAUGUGGCCAGGGCGGCCGAGUUCUUGGCCGAAUCGGAUGUAGCCGUGGGCACUGUGGUGGGGUUUCCGCAUGGGGCCCAUACGACCGACACCAAGGUCUUCGAGGCGCGGCAGGCCUGUGUUCAGGGGGCGACCGAACUGGACAUGGUGGUCAACGUGGGUCGGGUGCUGGGGCAAGAUUGGGCCUACGUUCAGGCCGACAUUCAAGCCGUGACUGAAGUGGCCCAUGAGAUGAAGGCCCUGGUCAAGGUGAUCUUCGAGAACGACUUUCUUCCACACGACGUGUAUAAGAUUCGUCUGUGCGAGAUCUGCCGCUCGCUGGGGGUGGAUUUUGUGAAGACCUCCACCGGGUUUGGCUUCGUCAAGCAACCGGGUGGGCAUUAUGCCUACGAGGGGGCGACCGAAAGCGAUAUUCGGUUGAUGCUUGAAAACUGCGGCCCAGACAUGCGAGUGAAAGCCGCCGGCGGGAUCCGCGACUACGCCGCCGCACUGCACCUGCGCGAUUUGGGUGUGGCCCGAAUUGGGGCGACGGCCACGGCGACGAUUGUGGCCGAAGAGCAAGCGGCCCUGCGGGAUAUUAGUAGCGGGACCUGCAACGCCUUCGACCAAUUCCAAGCUAUCGCGCGUGGGUCACCGGAACAGGGAACUCACGAUAUGGCAACCGAUUUGAGCACAGCAUCCGAGUUGGAACUUGUAGACGACCUGGUCGAAACGGGAAACGAGGCCGUCGUCCCGGUUUAUCAGGAAGCCGUUGAAGCCGAGGCCCAAGAGGCCGCCGCUGAGGCAAAGAAGCCGAGCGUGUGGCGACAUGGGGUCGAUUGGCCCGUGUUUGCUUGGAUUGCCUUCUUGCAUGUCGGCGCGCUGGCGGCGCCGUUCUUCUUCACCUGGAAAGCCGUGGGGCUGUUCUUUGGCCUGUGGUGGCUGACCGGCGGGAUUGGCAUCUGUCUGGGCUAUCACCGGCUGCUGACGCACGGCAGCUUUCAGACUCAUCCGUUCAUGCGACGGCUGAUUGCCGUGUGUGGCUGUUUGGCGGGCGAGGGCUCGCCGCUGAUGUGGGUGGCCACGCACCGCAAGCAUCAUGCGUUCAGCGAUCAAGAGGGCGAUCCGCAUACUCCGCGAGAUGGUGGCUGGUGGAGCCACGUUUUGUGGUUGUUCCCCGGCAACGAAGAGGGUGGCCAGGACAAGUUGUUCAGCCGGUAUGCCCCCGAUUUGCUGAAAGACCCUUUCAUGCCGUUCUUGCACCGCACGUUUCUGCUGUGGCACUGGGGCCUGGGGUUCGCCCUGUUUCUCACCGGUUGGUACUUCUGGAAUGCGUACACCGGCUGGUCUUUUGUGUUCUGGGGCAUCUUCCUGCGAUUGGUUGUCGGGUUGCACGCUACGUGGUUGGUGAACUCGGCUACGCAUAUGUGGGGAUAUCGCAACUACGAGACGUCGGACGACAGUCGGAAUUUGUGGUGGGUCGCGGCGCUUACCUUUGGCGAGGGCUGGCACAAUAACCACCACGCGUUCCAGCGUUUGGCCCGAAAUGGACACCGCUGGUGGGAGUUCGAUCCCACGUUCCUGACGAUUCGGGUGAUGCAGGCCGUGGGUCUGGCCUGGAAAGUGGUCGACCGAAUUCCCCAAUUUCGCGAGAAAGUCGCCCGGGGCUGA